GCAGGGUGCGACUCGCCUGCCAUCGCGGGAGGGAGGUGGCGCGCGCCGCACCGUCCGGCUCCGGCUCGUUGGACUCGGCGGUGGGCGGAGCGGCCGGGCCAUGAUCGAGAUGGCGGCUGAACCCGACGCGUUCCGGGCCCCUCCGCCGCCUUUAAGGACCGGAGAACCACCGGGGGGGGGCGGGCCUGCACCGGGCGGCACCGACACCACCGGGCCCCAGCGGCGGAGGGGACGGGAGGAAACGGACGGAGCGGGGGAGGCCCCGAGACCCAGGAACGGCUUCAGAGCGACCGGAGGAGGCGGCGGGGGGGGCGGAGGGGGGGGAAAACGGCGGAGCAGCUGCACCGGAUCCAAACAACCGCCGUGGAAACGGCGCCGGAGAGCGACGUCGGAAUGUGACCCCGCGCUGCCGUCCGAGUUCCUGCUGGGGGGGAACAUCUUCGACCCGCUGAACCUCAACAGUCUCCUGGACGAGGAGGUGAGCCGCACGCUGAACGCACGCACCCCGCAGUCAUCACCGCUACCGGCACGAGGACGGGACCCCGUGGAGAUCCUCAUCCCGCGGGACAUCACCGACCCGCUCAGCCUCAACGCGCCCGGGGGGGAUGACGGGCUCCGUCUGGCAUCACCUGCCAAAGCAACGCGACGUCGGCAUCGCCACCGGGGUCAGCAACGGGGGAACAGCACCAACAGCACCAACAAUAGUAUGGAGCCAGAGAGCAGCACGGAGCACGGGAACACGGCCAGCAGCAGCACCAACACGGCUGGAAACAGCAGCACAACGUGCUCCAACAGCCGGCACCGUAAGAGGAGAAGGACUUGUAGUAAAUCAGAGGCCGCCCGAUCUACGGCGUCACCGGAGAAAGGGAAAGGGGGAAACAACGGCCCUAAAACCCCCACGACGGCCCCACGGCGCCGCAAGAGCCAGAAGUUCCAAUAUGGGAAUUACUGUAAAUAUUACGGCUAUCGCAACCCGGAUUGCGAGGACGGGAGGUUGAAAGCCAUGAAGGCCGAGUGGUUCACCGGGAAGGAGGUGCUGGAUGUGGGGUGUAACGUGGGGCACGUCACGCUCAGCAUCGCCAAGAGGUGGGGGCCCAGCAGAGUGGUGGGGCUGGACAUUGACGGGGCCUUGAUCCGCUCGGCCCGGCAGAACAUCAGGCAUUAUCUGUCCGAAGAAAUGGCCGCCGUGGAGGGAGGGGGGAGGAAGGGGUUCCCUGCGGCGCUGCUGGCCAGCAGGGGACCCAUCGCUGCCCCACGGCUGCCCCCCGACGGGCCCGGAGCCUCCGACUUCCCCCAUAACGUCGUGUUUGUCACGGGCAACUACGUCCCCGAACGAGAGGAGGCGGUGUGGGCCCAGCGCCCCGAAUUCGACGUCCUGCUGGUUCUGUCCCUGACCAAAUGGGUGCAGCUCAACUGGGGGGACGAGGGGCUCAAAAGGUUGUUCCGUCGGGCCUACAGACACCUCCGGCCUGGGGGGCUGCUGCUGCUGGAGCCACAGCCAUGGGCUUCCUACCGCAAGAGGAAGGGGCUGACGGAGACAACGUACCGGAACUACCACCGCAUCCGCCUCCGCCCGGAGCAGUUUCCCUCCUAUUUGACCUCCCCCGAGGUCGGCUUUGCCAGCUACGAACUGCUGGGGACCCCUCAGCACAGCGCCAAAGGCUUCCAGAGGCCCAUUUAUCUCUUCCACAAAGGCCAAGGAGACGCCCCCUGAGCCCCCCCCCCGCAGAUAAAAGGAGAUUUGGAUGGAAGGGGUGCCCCCCCCCCCCACUGCCAGCC